AUGUCAGGUGGUCUUGGAUAUGUAGAGCGUUGUCCCUUCUUUGCUGAUUCAAAGGCUGCGUUUAACUUUUGGAGUAGUUUGGUGAAAGCGCUUUCUGUCUUCUUUUCUUCCUCUUUAAGGUUUUCUGGCCUGGGUGUUGCUGGGGUUGUGAAAGUUCUUAGAGUCUCCUCCGCGUCUCCGGAUGAUUGCUGCUGUCUACGCUCCGCGAGUCUUGCGAGAAAUGCUGCUCUUCUUUCGUCAAAUCUACGACGCCUUUCUGACCUACUUAUUGGCUUGUCAACGAUAGGCUUUUGUUUCUUAGAAGGAAUUUUGAGAAACGCGGCAAAAUGGAGAGUGGAGAUGGAUCAAUAG